CAGCCCAGGAGAAGAAAUCAAUGGUUCAUAGAGCCCCAGCUCACUGUUCCAACUGCAUCGCCAAAUAUGCUCACCGAGGCUGCAUCCAAUCUGUCAAGAGAUCAACUGAAACAAAACCAGGCCAUCUCCAUCGAUUAUGAAAGCACAACUUUCGACCGCGGACACCUGAACCCCAACUUGUUCCAGUGUGACGCGAGUCGCAAUGCCACCUUCACGCUGACCAACGCUGUGCCCAUGGAUCCCUGCUUCAACCGGGUCCGAUGGUCCAGACUGGAGGUCGCCCUGAAGGACCAGCUGACCAUUUCCUGCCCAGGGACCCCCUACCUGGUGACUGGCACUGUUCCUGACCCCGCAGAGAGAAUCCCCGACCCUGUUUAUGAUACUGAACGUGACCGCAUCAGAGAAUAUAAGAGGGUGUCUGUUCCCAGCCACAUCUGGACCGCCGUUUGCUGUGACAACGCAAACCAGAAUCUCAAAUUCUCCUUUGCAUUUCUGGCAGAAAAUAGGGAGGAAUCACUGAUGCGUAUUUUAAAAGUGAGUGAAUUGGAAGGUUUCCUCGAAGGACUGUACAAUAAACCCGUACAAAUAUUUGCUGAUGACUGUAAUGCAGACAACCAAAAAGGCAGAGAUGUUUUAAAUGUGAUCUACCAUGCCUUGUUUAAAGGCUUUAGAGAUCUGAUUGAAAACAAUUACCUUCUGAUGCUUUCUGAAUCGCAAAGGAACACGCUGGAUCAAAACACACAAGUGGCAACAACAAGCAUGGAUGUCAACCAAACUUCUCUUCGGCUGACCAAUGUUGAUUUCUCUUUCGGCUUUAAAAACCUACAUGACUGGGAUCGCUUUGCGACAAAUUUCCCUCCCAAGGAGAACUUGGCCUGCGUUCUCUCCUCUGUUCGGGGAAUUUCCAGAGUCCGGAGGGCAACAGAACCAUUUCUGCCCAAAGUGUGCACACUGGAGGACCAGAAGGGCGAGGUUGGCUCCCCCGUCUCGGCCAAGGGGUGGGGGUGUGUCUGGCAAAACUGUGACUAUCACAGCGGGACAAAAUACAUGUGGUGCUCGACCUCGUACUCUUCGGACUGGGACUACUGCUGCGGCGGCAAGUGCGCCUACGACAGAACCGCGGAGAAGUACCAGUGCUGGGCGGGAGACCGAACCGUGACUUGCUCGCCACAGUACUCGGCCGUCGCGAUCAACGGGGAGCCCUGCCGUGCGGAUCACCCCUGCGGCCUUUAUGACGAAAGCUACUACUGGUGCUACACAGACUACAAAGACAACUGGGAAUACUGCUGCUCACCACUGCACCGCUGUGAUCAGCGCGGGUACUCAUACACGUGGUGUUACGUUGACAAUUCCGGUAGCAAGUGGGAGUACUGUGUACCUUAGACAGGAAGGGCGAUGAACGGUUUCCAUUCAUUUCUGGUUCCGUCUACUCCCAAUGAUCGAAAACAGGCUCAAAGCGGAAACUGUGUAGUUGUGUGUUCUCUCUCUCUCUCUCUCUCUCUCUCUCUC